CUGGCAAAUCAACACAAUUAGUUCCAAGAACUCGCAACAGUAGGCGCUUCAUCCGUAAUCAUAAUCUGCAGGGAUCACUUCGGACCUUACUAUCGCAACGUUCAGCCUGCCCAAUCUGACCCUAAUGCCCUCACAGAGCUUCCUAUGACAGUCAGGGAUCUACAGCCUCAGAAUCCAUCACAGAUCCGGAAUUCGCAUCAACUACUGCAGAAUGAGCACGAUUCAGGUCGCUCCUAUGAAGUUGUAGCUGAGCGGACCGACAACCCGGACAGGAAGCUAUUGAGUUCAAUCAUAUGGAUGCCAGUCAGCACCGAAGUCUUUCAGACACGAACAUUAACAAUGAUCGGGUGCAAAGAUCGAGCGGUCUAGAGAGGGUGGCUACUGGACACAUCCGAGGCGGUCCGCCGCCGCUGAACAGGCCCGGAGGACCAGCGUCGAGAUCGCGACGGUACGUGCCACCUCGUAGGCGUGGGCCAGUCCGACAAUCAGAGGGAAUGACCCCUGCUGAUCAGCGUAGCCCUGGAGCAGCGACUACAGCCUUAUUGGCCAAUACGCAAACACAUGCUUCCUCCGUUUCUAGUCAUGAUUUGGAAAACACAGAUACUUUGUCUUUACCGGUACUAAGGACUAUGGCUCCAGUAAGUGGAGAGGGGAAUAUCAGAGACAUGUCACCACUGUCCGCGCCUAGACCACAUUCUCCGUCAACAGAGGUGCCAGUAGCAGCGCCGGUAACAGUUUCAGUAAUAUCAGGACCUUUGCCAUCAGCAUCUUUAACGUUCUUUGGGGCGACAGCAAUGGUCGAAAUAGCAGAUGUCACAGAAGAAGUUCUUGCUUCAGCAGACACAAGCCAAGCGUCCGCAGGGUCAGAACUACAGGUAAAUCCUUCGUCCUUGGCAACACCAAUAUUGACAUCGACAGUGGUGGUGCCAACGCCAUUACCGCCACCCUCAUCCCCAACAUCAUCACUACUGCGAACAUCCAUAAACGCGAGGCCCCUGCCGUCGGUUCAGCAUGUUCAGGUCAACGAUGGGUACGAAGGUGAAAGGAGGAUACGAUCCUGGCACACCAAUUGAGCCUAGGACUGGAUCAGGCUAAUCGUAAUGGCAGUGACAAUAACCUAUUCAAUAACGCAUUGACAUCUGAAUUUUCAAAAGACCCUCAUUCGCGUUUGUAUAGCUGAAGAUCCACAGACAUGGAUUUGGUGGUCAAUUCAUCAUGAUACCAAUCUUCAACAAUGUCGACAAGAAAGCUCACAUGGAGAGUGGUCAUGUGGUGGCGGACACGGCUGGAU